GCGCUGAGGGCGGGGGAGUGGCUAGUGUUUGUGUGUGUGGGAUGUUGACGGUGAAGUGAGACCAAAAUAAAGAAGCCACGAGUUUGCAACUGAAAACUGGACUCGUCAUUAUCCUCAUAGAGUCCGGAACUGUAAAGACCCACUGCCGGGUAAAGUAAAGGGUGUUGCCCCGAGAAUAAUCGGCCCUGGAGAAGUAUCUCCCCUGCGCUCCUUGACUACGGUCCAGGCGCCGGAAGCAGGAAAGGUGCAACAUUGGCGACCACGAAGGGACCCAUCUCACGUAAAUGGAACGGCAGUGGUGAGCAAAGGACGAUUAAAUAAACUGCAGAGAAGAAUAAGCCGAGAAGCUAAUUGAUUGCCUGCGUAAACUAGCCAAGAUGGCGGAUGCUAGAAGUCGAAGCUCUCAUUCAAAAUCCAACCCGUUCGUGACGAUGAACGACCGUGAUGUGGAAGGGAAAACAGAUUAUGUGAGCGAAGAAAAUGCAAGUUGUUAUGGCAUUUCUAGCCUGUCAUAUUGUGCAGAGGAACCUGCUGGAGUGAAGAAUGCAGCGGCCGAGGUGCCACGUGAGCUCAUUCGACCCAAGUUCUCAAGCACAAACCCUUUCAUUAAGUCCGGGGAGGACAGUGGCUGUCAUCAACACGACAUGGCUGAUAUUAAAAGUAACUCACGUUUUCACAAACACCAACCAGACAACUUUAUUACAUCACCUGCUGAUUUUGCAACGCCACAUUCAAAUCCCUUUUCCUGGGCGCACCAGGAGAGUUAUAUCCACAGCACUCCCCAGACAUGUGGCCCCCCAGCCCCCACUUGCUUGUGCCCGCACACAACACGCCAUUCUCCACCUAAAGACAUCAAUUAUGGACAUUUACCAAAGCCGGGGCACAGUCAGAGUGUCAAACUAAUGGGCUCUCUUUGCAAAAGUGAGCAGCCAAGAUCACUGGGAGCCAAGCCAUUUUUUGCUCUACAUCCGCCUUCCUCAGAGAGUGAGGACGACUAUGAUCCAAGGGAGAGAGUCCCCACCUUGAGACCCGGCCAGUAUGAUGGCACCACACCCUGGAAGGAGUUCCUGCACCGGUUUGAGAGUUGUGCUGAAGCUAACUACUGGUCCGAAAAGACAAUGGCUGUUCAGCUGAAGUUCUGCCUGGUGGGUGCAGCUGGGGCCAUCAUCCACAGAAACCCCAGAUCAGCCCAGUGGGGCUACUGCCGCCUGGUGGAGGAGAUGGAAACUGCAUAUGGUCCCUCUUCACAGCAUGCAGCUGCUGUGGCUAUUGAAUUAAGGCGACGUACCCGCAAACGGGGUGAAGCUCUUCAUGUUUUGAGAGAUGACAUCUAUGAGGGGGUGUCGGUAGCUUAUAGCAACAGGACUGAUGCUGAGCAGGAUGCUAUCGGAGUUGAAGUGUUCAUUAAUGCUUUGGGGGAUGUGGACAUUGUACAGAAGCUCUUGGAGCAGCACCCCCAGACACUAGCCCAAGCAUUUGACAUUGCCCGUCGUUAUGAAACCACAAAGCGAGCAGCAUCAUAUGUGGCUGGCCUCAUGCACCCUGGAGCCCGUGACAUAGCUGAACGCAGACCCCGUGCUGCCCUAAUAAGAGAGGGCACGGAAGAGGAGGAAUUAGAGCCUGCGACAGCCCCCCCAUCAGCUAGCUUUAAACAUGAGUCCCCCAGCUACAGUCACACACAAUAUAAAGGGAGGAGCUAUAAAGACACUAAAUGGGAUGAGGUGCGGUGUCACAACUGUUCAGGCUUGGGUCACAUGAAAAGAAAUUGCCCCUCACCAAGAAAAACAGCCAGAGCUCAAGUUUCGGCCAUGUUCCCGCAAAGCCCAAAGUCUACUAUACUUCACCUUAAAGCACAAUGUCAUGAAAUGAGCAUUCACAUGGUUGUGUAUGGGCUAGAAGUGUGUGCUGUUUUGGACAGUGGAGCACGGAAAAGUGUUUUUCCUCUGCAUCAUUAUGAUGCUAUUCAUCUGGAUGUCCGUCCUCCACUUCAGUCAUCUGCCGUGGAGACCCUGAUCGGUGUUGGGCCUGGCGAUAUACCUGUGCUCGGUGAAGCUCACAUACCUGUCCUGAUCAACAACCGUCAGGUGAGCAUCUGCUUCCUGGUUGCUGAUAUAGCUGGGGACGAGGCCCUCCUGGGCCACCCAUUCCUGACCCAAGCUCAGGCCCGUCUCGACUUUGGAAAUCAUCGGAUCGUACUUUUCGGGGAAGAGGUACCUUAUUUUGACUCCACAAAUAAACCAAAGGCCCACGCAGUGAGAGUGGCCCGGACUGUGGUGCUGGAGGCUGGGCAGGAGUAUGUGGUAAAAGGUAAUAUCCACGUUAAGGCUUCCAUUAAAGGAGAAUUAAUGCUGAGCCCCACUAAAGGCUUCGUUGAAAAGCACAGACUAUUAGUGGCCCGAAUCCUAGUGGACGUUCACCCCCAUAAAACCAUGCCCCUUCGCAUCUUCAAUCCCGGCAGCAGUGCCGUAACUAUCAGAAAGGGGGCCAUGGUGGGGUUCCUCCAACCAGCCAAGGUUCUUCAGCCUGCAAACGCUGUAAACUACAAACAGCCUGAACAGGCUGCCAACAACCCUCCCUCUGUUCCCCAGCACCUACAAGAUCUCUAUGCCGAGAGUGCUACCGAACUUAACAAAGAGGAGCAACUGCAACUAGCGCAGCUGCUGUGUACUUAUAGCAACGUGUUCUCCACCGGAUCCUCUGACCUCGGCAGGACCACCCUGGUUCAACAUGACAUUGUAACGCUGCCAGGCGUUCCAGUCAAACAACCACCACGCCGAAUGGCAUCAGAGAAGCAACAGGACGCUGACCAACAGAUACAACAGAGCCUGGAGGCAGGAUUAGCGCGGCGCAGCAACAGCAGCUGGGCUUCGCCCAUAGUGAUGGACACGCUGGACACCCUCUCUGCUGCAAAGUGGUUCAGCACACUGGACCUUGCAGCCGGCUACUGGCAAGUUGAACUGACCCCGAGAGCACGCAAAGCAGCAGCCUUCUGUACCAAAAAUGGACUGUUUGAAUGGAAUGUCAUGCCAUUUGGACUGUGCAAUGCUCCAGCGACGUUUCAGCGCUUGAUGGACCGUGUGCUGGCUGGCAUGCAAUGGGAGACCUGCCUUGUAUAUCUGGAUGACGUCAUUGUUCUGGGGAACAAUGUGCCGCAGAUGUUGCAGCGGCUGGGGCAGGUUUUCAGUCGCCUUCACCAGGCUAAAUUGAAACUAAAACCGUCAAAAUGCUGCCUCUUCCGCCGCCAAGUGGCCUACCUGGGUCACGUUGUCUCAGAGAACGGUGUGGCUACUGACCCAGGCAAAGUCCGGAAGGUGCAGGAGUGGCCAACACCAUCGUCGCUCAAAGACGUCCGCCGUUUUGUUGGCCUCGCGUCUUACUAUCGGAGGUUUAUUAAAAACUUCGCCUGUAUUGCAGAACCUCUCCAUGCCCUGACCAAGAAACAUGUCCAGUUUUAUUGGUCUGAGGAAUGCCAGUUGGCAUUUGAUGAUCUCAAAAGUCGGCUAAUAACAGCGCCGAUCCUAGGGUAUCCGCUUGACAAGGGCGACAUGAUACUGGAUACAGACGCCAGCGACGUUGGCAUCGGCGCUGUCCUCUCGCAAGUUCAACAAGGUGUGGAACGUGUGCUCGCCUAUGGGAGCCGUAAGCUGUCCAAAACUGAACAAAAUUACUGCACUACCCGGAGGGAACUGCUAGCCGUGGUGGAUUUCACAUCCCACUUCCGCCAGUAUCUCCUGGGGAGGCGUUUCACUGUUCGCACCGACCACAGUAGCCUCCGAUGGCUCACACGAAUGAAGGAACCUGAAGGGCAACUCGCCAGGUGGCUCGAAAGGCUCGGCGAGUACAACUUUGAGAUCAUCCAUCGCCCUGGCCAGCUUCACGGUAACGCAGACAGCCUCUCCCGGAGACCGUGCCGUCAGUCCUGCCCUUGUAAGCUCCAGAACCCUUCUAUUCCUCAGUUGAGCGUCAGUCACCAGGCUGUGCAGUGCGAUUUGUACUCUGACAUCAACCAGGCGAUGCUGAGUCCAGUGGGGGUAGACAAGGCCUUGUCUGCUGACUGGGAUAACUUAAAGCCCCCAGAGAAAAUAUUCCUGACCACGACAAAAGAAAAUAAACUGUUUGGCGGUUGGUCCCUGGAGGAGCUGCGACAAGCCCAGGAAGGUGAUGCAGAUAUCGCACCUAUCAGGACUUGGCUGACAACCAGUGAAGAACGUCCUGCAUGGGUGACAGUCUCACCAUGCAGCCCAGCCACAAAAACGUAUUGGAGCCAGUGGAAACGCCUCUACGUCAAAGAUGGUAUACUUGUGAGACGGUUCUACUGCCUGGACGACACCCAAUUCUAUCCACAAGUGGUGCUGCCCCGCGUUUUCCGUGCCGACAUCAUGAGACAGAUGCAUGACGGACAGGUUGGUGGACACUUCGGGGUUGAGCGCACUGUAGCACGGCUGCAGACUCGGUACUUCUGGUACAGAAUGCGAGAGGAUGUCGCUCUGUGGUGUAAUACCUGCACCAGCUGCGCAUCAAAAGCUAGGCCACGGAAGACACCACAAGCCCCCAUGGGUACCGUUCGAGUCGGAGCCCCUAUGGAACGCAUUGCUUUGGAUGUUAUGGGACCGUUGAAUGAAACUGAGCGCAAAAACAGAUAUGUAUUAGUGAUUCAGGACUAUUUUACAAAAUGGGUCGAAGCUAUUCCCAUUCCUAAUGAACAAGCCGUAACUGUGGCUGAAGUGCUUGCCUCUGAGUGGGUGUGUCGCUAUGGAGCCCCACAGACACUGCACAGUGAUCAGGGUAGAAACUUCGAGUCGGAGGUGUUCCAAGAAAUGUGCGCGCUUUUUGGAAUCGACAAAACACACACAACUCCUUUUCGUCCUCAAUCUGACGGACAAGUUGAAAGGUUCAACGCUACUCUACAAAAGAUCCUGGCCACGACAGCCGAGCGUUGCCACUGGGACUGGGAUUUAAUGAUUCCCUACGCUGUCAUGGCCUACAGGGCAACAAAGCACAGUUCAACUGGUUUCACUCCAAACUACAUGAUGUUUGGCCGUGAAUUGAGUGAGCCAGUGGACCUAGUAUCCGGCCUGCCACCGGACCCUGAACCAGCUCCCUCGGGGCCGGUUUUUGUCCAAGACCUUCGAGAGCGACUGGAGCUGGCACACCAAAUCACCAGAGAUGCUCUCGGAGAAUCUGUAAAACGUGCAAAGAGACAAUAUGACAAGAACUGUUACCGCACACAUUAUAACAUUGGUGAUGCUGUGUGGUACCUCAUCAAAGGAACAAGGCCAUCCAGGAACAAAGUGAGGAAGUUCCUCCCGUCUUACGAAGGGCCAUUCUUCGUGUUGGGUCAGUUGGACGACCUGGUCUAUCGAAUUCAGAAAGGGCCAAGAACGAAGGUAAAGGUGGUUCACCACGAUCAGCUAAAGCCUUAUCGCUGCCGUGACCCACUGGACAACACCUGGGUCCUGGAACAAGCGCCGAAAUGGAUACCAAUGGAGGUGUCACCCCCAGACGAUAUCGAUCUUGCUGACUCUUUACUGGGUCUGCCUCAGCUGUUUUCUAGAGCCGAAGCUGAUGACAGCUGCAGCUACCCAACAUCGGAUGCAGCCGUGGGUAUUUCCGUGGCUUCUCACCCUUCCACUACUCAGCUUGGCUCUCCUGUUCCGGUGGACUUAGAGGACAGUGGGGGUGGUGUAGCAGUGCCACAUCCUCAGAGCCCUCGUUCUCAAAGGCCCCGCCGUAGGCGUAGAUCACCAGCAAAGUUUGGUGAAUGGGUAGCUCACUGAGUGCCGAUUUCAUGUAACUAAAAAAAAAAAAAAAAAAAAGGGCAAACUGGAAAUGGUUGGUGUAUUUUUCUGUGAAUAUUGGGAGUUAUAACAGGGGACUCAGUUACUGUUACACUUAAAAAUGCUAAUUGCUUCUCCUCCCAAAUUGUAGCCAAGUAUUGGACAUACUAAUGUUUUUUUAGGGCUGUUUCGCUCAACUCUAAUGCGUGCACUGAACACACGGGCUGUUGAAUUGUUGCAAUUGCACUACUACAUUAUUGCACCCCCUUUUAAGUUGACUCGUACUAGUCAUGCUGCAUCCUUUCAUUUGUAUUGAAUGUAUAUGGGACUGUAUGUUGGUAUGGAAAUGUUAAUGUUUAUGACUGUGCUGGAGUGAAAUUGUUUUAAUUGUCAUCCAGAGUGGGGGUAGUGUUAUGAGAGUAGAGUAUGUGUGUGUGUGUGUGGCAGCGGGCGAGUGACGUCAGUAAGUGAGUGGGCGAGCGAAGAGAGAGAGAGAGAGAGCGCUGAGGGCGGGGGAGUGGCUAGUGUUUGUGUGUGUGGGAUGUUGACGGUGAAGUGAGACCAAAAUAAAGAAGCCACGAGUUUGCAACUGAAAA